CCGACCGCCUCCUCCUCCUCCUCCUCCUCAGUAACUCGGGCAACUAAAAGUGAUGAUAUAUAUGAUCCAAGACAGUCCAAUUCAGUCCAGGACUCUACACUGUUGACAAGGACAUGGGACUCCUCCUACAAGAUUCCAGAUGGUUCAAUACAACUGACAUCCUGGCUGACAACUGUGAAAAGGAACCUUGGAUUAUUUUCUUUUAUUUUUGUGGAAGACCACAAUCCCAAAUCUAUAGCACACAUCAGGAGAAAAUCCAGAUCCAGUUAACACAAUCAUUUGAAAAAGAUGAGAAACCCUCCAAAGAUGAAGCAGAAAAAGAAAAAGGGGAUAAAUUGCCCAGAAAAAUGUUAUCAAGAGAUUCCAGUCAAGAAUACACAGAUUCAACUGGCAUAGAUCUACAUGAAUUUUUAGUAAAUACAUUAAAAAACAAUCCCAGGGACAGAAUGAUACUGCUGAAAUUAGAACAGGAAAUUUUAGAUUUCAUUGGUAAUAAUGAAUCUCCAAGAAAAAAAUUCCCCCCAAUGACAUCUUACCAUAGGAUGCUAUUACAUAGAGUAGCUGCUUAUUUUGGAUUAGACCACAAUGUUGAUCAGAGUGGGAAGUCAGUCAUAGUGAACAAAACUAGCAAUACAAGAAUACCAGAUCAGAAAUUUAAUGAUCAUAUCAAGGAUGAUAAAAGUGAAGACUUUCAGAAGCGUUAUAUCCUUAAAAGAGAUAACUCUAGUCUAGACAAAGAUGAUAAUCAGAUGAGAAUACGAUUAAAAGAUGACAGAAGAAGCAAAUCUAUAGAAGAGCGAGAAGAAGAAUAUCAAAGAGCUAGAGAUCGAAUAUUUGCCCAAGAUUCCCUGUGUUCCCCAGAGACCUAUCUUAUUGACAAAAGAAUCCAAGAGGAGGAAGCAAAUAGUACACAGCAAAGACGCCAAAUAUUUAGAGUCAACAAGGAAGCAUCUGGAAGAUCAACCACCAGCCAUCAGAGCAGCACUGAGAACGAGCUGAGGUGCUCCGAGCCCCGUCCCUGGAGCAGCACGGACUCUGAUAGCUCCCUCCGUAAUCUGAAGCCAGCUGUAACCAAAGCGAGCAGCUUCAGUGGAAUUUCAGUUCUAACAAGAGGGGAUAGCUCUGGGAGCAGCAAAAGCAUAGGCAGGCUUUCAAAAACAGGUUCUGAGUCUUCUAAUAGUAUAGGGUCGUCCACGGGCUCUCUUUCUCACAUCCAGCAGUCUCUUCCAGUUACAGCUCUCAGCCAGCCUUCUCAUGGUCCCCCUGUCGUCUACCCAACUGUCAGCACUAGUAAUUCUCUUCCCUUUGAUGGUGGCCUAAGUGGGCAAGUUGCACCUCCUAGCACUAGCUUCUUUUUGCUUCCUUUGGAAGCAGCAGGCAUACCACCUGGCAGUAUUCUGAUCAACCCACAAACAGGUCAGCCCUUUAUAAAUCCUGAUGGCAGUCCAGUUGUGUAUAAUCCUCCCAUGAACCAACAGCCCAUUAGAACCCAAGUGCCUGGACCUCCACAGCAACCUCCUCCUCCCCAACCAUCACAGCAACAAGCAGCCAAUCACAUUUUAUCACAGGACAACCUUGGAUCCCAGUUUAGCCAUAUGAGUCUUGUCCGCCAGCCAUCUGCUGAUGCUUCUGACCCUCAUAACACUAUGUUCCAGUCUACUGUUGUCCUUCAGCCAUCACAGCAAUCUGGAUAUAUUAUGGCACCAGCCCCUCCACCAGCACCACCCCUCCCACCUAGCCAACAAAUCCCUACUGGCUAUUCUGCCUCUGGUCAUCCUGUAAACCAGCAGAUGCUCCAACAACAGGCAUAUGUACAGCAACCCACGCCUCAGAUGCCAGCAUGUUACUGUGCUCCAGGGCAGUAUCCCUCCAGUCAACAUCAGUAUCGCCCAGUUGCUUCCGUCCAUUAUAACACACAGCCAAAUCAGGCACUGCCACAGCCUGCUCAGCAGACAGGUUACCAGGUUAUGCCCAGCCAGCAACAGCAAAACUACCAAGGGAUAGUUGCAGUUCAACCAUCCCAAAAUCAAAAUCUAGUCAGUGGCCAACAAAACAAUAUUGGAAAUCAAAUUCAAGGUGUGAUUGUCCCCUAUCCUUCAGUGCCAUCUUAUCAGGUUUCACUGCCUCAAGGUUCCCAGGGAAUGCCUCAGCAGACUUAUCAACAGCCUGUUAUAAUAUCUAAUCAAUCUAAUCAAGGACCUGUGCCCACCACAGGAAUGCCAGUAUACUAUAGUGUCAUCCCACCUGGUCAACAAAACAAUUUAAGCUCAUCUGUAGGUUAUUUGCAGCCUUUAGGAUCAGAUCAGUUACAGUUUUCUCGAACCUCUUCACCGGGCAAUUCUCAACAACUUCCAAGCCACCAAUGUGCAGCCGUACCACCACCUGCUGGAGGAGUUGUCAUGAUGCAGUUAAAUAUACCAAACAGUUCUCAUCCUCGAGCCCACUCACCCCCUCAAUGGAAACAAAACAAAUACUACUGUGAUCAUCAAAGAGGACAGAAGUCAGUGGAGUUUAGCAAUUUAGAAAAUGUUGUCCAAUUACAGCACAGUCCUCAGCUUGGUAGCCCAGUCACCUCACCAGCCCAGUCACCAGCACCAGCUCAGCUCUCCAACAUGAAAAAUAUCUGUCCCACAUUAGCACCUCUUUCCAUCGUACCCCAAUUUUCUAGACCUUUUGUCCCUGGGCAGGGUGAUGCCAGAUAUCCAUUACUGGGCCAACCCCUGCAAUAUAACCCUCCUUCUAUUCUGCAUGGACACAUUCCAAGCCAACAGGGUCAGCCUGGAAGUAGGCAUGGAAACCGAGGAAGGAAACAAGCAAAAAAGGCUGCUUCCACUGACCUUGGCGCAGGAGAAGCAGCUAUUGGGAAGGUCUUAGAAUUUACAGAACUACCUGAUGGGAUAACCCGAGUAGAAGCUGAGAAGCUUUUUGGAGAACUCUUUAAAAUUGGUGCCAAGAUCCGCUGGCUCCGGGAUCCCCAGUCUCAGACACCGCUGCGUCACCAUUCUCUCUACUGUGGCAGUGGAGAUGGCGCGAUGAAGACAGAACAAUCUAAACCUAGUGACUUGGCCUCCACUUACACCAUUCUAGCGACAUUCCCCUCCAUUUCAGCUGCCCAAAACGCAUUGAAGAAACAAAUUAACUCAGUGAACAAGUUUAAGCUGAGGACAAGCAAGAAGCACUAUGACUUUCAUAUCCUAGAAAGGGCAAGUUCUCAGUAGCAGAUCCACUACUGGACCUUCAUCCUUUAUGACACCUGUGUUCUGCCGUCCUAGAUUAGCUUGAUGUUUGGAGCUUCUGUUAACAUUAUAGA